AUGUAUAUAAAUUGGCAUUGUCUUUCUUUUGUCAUAAUAUUAAGCUUUUCCUCGAACAUUGUCUGCCAACGUUCAUCCCCAUUAAAAAUUGAAAAAGAUACAGCUGUCUAUGAAUUACUUACGGAAUAUCACCAUUACAGUGAACUGGAUCGUCUUUUACAAAAAUGGCAAAGUGAUUAUUCAAAAAUUGCUAAAGCAUUCAAUGUAGGCAAAAGUAUUACUGGUCGAAAUUUGUUGGUUAUGCGUCUUACAUCGCCACUCGGUACGGACAUUGAGAAUGAACAAGACGAAAACCAGUUAUUAAAACCAAAAUUUAAAUAUGUUGCAAAUAUGCAUGGUGAUGAAACCAUUGGUCGUGAAAUGAUGAUAGCUUUAAUAUACUAUUUAUUAUUAAAUUCAAAAUCAGAUGCACGCGUUAAUAGGCUAUUAUCUACGACAGAUAUUUAUAUAAUGCCUAGUAUGAAUCCGGAUGGUUUCGAAAAUGCUGUCGCAGGUUUAUGUGAGAGUCCUAAUAUGAAUGGUCGAGGAAAUGGAAUGAAAGUUGAUCUUAAUCGAGAUUUUCCAUCACAAUUUGCGCCACUUCAAAAAUUAAUAAAUGGUACAAGUGUCGAUCUGUUUUAUGAAAGACAACCAGAAACAAUUGCUCUUAUGAAAUGGAUAUUAAAAGAAAAUUUUGUUCUCAGCGCUAAUCUACAUGGUGGCUCACUUGUUGCUUCAUAUCCGUUUGAUGAAACCAUUCAUCAUGUUGAUCAUACAUAUUCAGCUUCACCAGAUGAUUCAUUAUUUCGACAUCUAGCACGAACCUAUGCUAGUAAACAUUUAACGAUGAAUAAAGGUCAAGGAUGUGCAGCUGAAUUUACUGAAGGAAUAACGAAUGGUGCUCAAUGGUACGAUGUACCAGGUGGCAUGCAAGAUUUUAAUUAUUUGCAGAGUAAUGCAUUUGAAAUUACAUUGGAACUAAGUUGUUGUAAAUAUCCAUCGGCUGAAAAUGGUGUUCUUCAACAGGAAUGGGACAACAAUAAGGAAGCAUUACUUUCCUAUAUAGAACUGAGUCAUUUGGGUAUUAAGGGUUUUAUUCGUGAUAUUGACACACACACAGGCAUUUCAGGUGCAUUGAUUCAAGUUGAAGGUGUUCUUCAUCCUGUUCGUAGUGUCAAAAAUGGUGUUUAUUGGCGCUUAUUAUUACCUGGUUUACAUAAUGUAACAGUAACUGCUGCAGGAUAUUUACCACAAACUAAAUUCAAUAUCAAUGUGGCGAAUAACGACUCGACAAGUGCACUUCGGCUUGACUUUAAUUUACAACGUUCGACACACGAUACACCAGCAGGUAGCAAAGAUGUUUCGUCAACGAAUGAUGUUUACAAUUUGUUAUCAACCUAUGCUGAAAAAUUAAUGAAUGACACACGUGAAACUAUUCUUAGAAGUUUACUUGAACCAACAACUGAAUUUCGAUAUCAUAAUUAUGAUUUAAUGGUUCAAAAGCUGAAAGAUCUGAAUGCGAAAUAUCCAAAUAUAACAAGUUUAUAUACAAUUGGCAAAAGUACUGAAAAUCGUGAUCUGUGGGUUAUUAUUAUUAGUGAUCAACCACUUAUUCAUGAGCCAGGAGAACCAGAAGUAAAAUAUAUUGGAAAUAUGCAUGGCGAUGAAAGUGUGGGACGAGAAUGUUUAAUUCUUCUUAUUGAAUAUUUAUGUAUGAAUUAUGAAAAAAGCGAAUAUAUCACUCAACUUGUUAAUAAUGUUCGUAUUCAUAUAAUGCCAACAAUGAAUCCCGAUGGUUUUGAAUAUGAAUAUAAACAAAGUCAACAUGGACAAGGACUCGGUCGUCUCAAUGCUCAUAAAGUUGAUUUAAAUCGAAAUUUCCCUAAAGUCGAAUUGUUACCAUCAACGAAUGAAAAUGGCAAAGGAGUUGGUGUACCAAAGCAAGCGUUAUAUAACAGUAAAUCUUAUCUAGAAGAAUUAACUAAAACACAAGUCAAUCUUGAACCAGAAGUGCGUGCUGUUAUGCAUUGGUCACUUAUAUAUCCAUUUGUUCUAUCUGCCAAUUUACAUGGUGGUGCUCUCGUUGCCAAUUAUCCAUUUGAUAGCCAAAUUAAAGAUGUAGCUAGAAAAGAAAGCAAAUCGCCCGAUGAUGAAACCUUUAAAAUGCUUGCUAAAACUUAUUCAUUUGCUCAUCCAAAAAUGCAUAAAGGUAAUGCAUGUGUUAGAUUUUAUGAUGGAAUUACAAAUGGAGCUUCAUGGUAUGUUAUUGAUGGUGGCAUGCAAGAUUGGUCAUAUACGUAUACAUCUGAUAUGCAAAUAACAAUCGAAUUAGGUUGUGAUAAAUAUCCGGAUGAAGCAAAUUUGAAAUCUUAUUGGGAUGAUAAUAAAGGAGCUUUAUUAGCCUAUAUAACUCAAGUCACUCGUGGAAUUCGUGGUUUUGUAUUUGAUUCAAAAACAAAAAUGCCUUUGUCAGGUGUUAUUAUUCAUGUGCACGGUAUUCAACAUAAUGUUAGCACGUCUCGUGAUGGUGACUUUUUCCGUAUAUUAACACCUGGCAUUUAUGAUAUAACAGUUGACCGUAUUGGGUAUCAAUCUGAAACAAAACAAAGUAUACUCGUUGGUAGUCAAUCAUCAACAUAUAUUGAAUUUAAAUUGAAACGUAAAAAUUUCUAUGAUGACAACGAUAAACAGGGACCAUAUUCUAAUGUAACGUCAACUGUUUAUAAUAGAACAAAGGGAGUUUUUUCAAGCUUUGUCAAUUUAACAUCGUCGAAUGUUCGAACUUUAUAUCAUCAUUCUAAAGAUUUUAUACUACACCAACAACUUUUUCUUAUCAUUGCUGGCAUAUCUGCCUUAGUCCUAGCAAUUGUAUUUGCUACUGUUGUGAUAUAUUUAAGAUUUUGUCAAGGGUCAACAGUACGUCGCGAUACUGGUUUUCAACGAUAUGAACUUUUACUACAAGAUGAACAUGAUUUACCAAGAAUACAACGGAACAAUGGAAAAAAAUCUACAAGAAAUGGUCGUCCUAUGUCAAGUGAAUCUGAUGACGACGAAGACGAAACAUUGUUUUCAUCGAAAAUAAAGAAAGUGAUAGUUCCUUGA